AUGCACAUGGACGAGCUGCUUUUAUAUGACAGAGAGGCGUAUGAAGCAUUGUUGGCUGCAGAACCAGAACAUUGGUGUCGAGCUUUCUUCUCAAAAACUGGAAGGUCGGCUAAUGUUUGCAACAACCUUUCAGAAAGCUUCAACCGGACCAUCAAAAAGGCUAGAGAAUUGCCUUUGAUUAAUAUGUUGGAAACCAUCAGAAGACAAGCCAUGAUGCGUAUUUCUCGUAGGUUUAAGAGGGCAGCCAAGUGUAUAAUGCAAUUCCCGCAAAGAAUAGCAGAUGUGUUGGAGGUGAAUAGAAAAAACAGCAAAGACUGCCAAAUCAUGGUAAGUAGUGAUAACUUGUAUGAGGUUUUAGUGCAUGAUUUAAGUCAUGAGGUCAGCCUGAGAAUGGGAACGUGUGCUUGUGGGCGUUGGGACCUAGUUGGCAUACCUUGCAACCAUGCAAUUUGUGUCAUCAAUGACAUUCGUCGAAAACCAGAAGAGUAUGUUGUUAACUACUAUAAAACUCCAGUGUGGAUAGACACAUAUAGGGACAACAUCAAACCAGUCAAUGGGAGCUCUAUUGGAAUAAAACUGGUUGGACAUAACAAAGGGACUUGUAAGAAUCAAUCUUUUGUGGUCGAAGGUCCAAAACGAAAACGUGGAAGACCUCAGAAGAUACCUGUUGAUGGUGAAAGCUACCAGUCUCCUCCACCUAAAAAGACAAAGAAAAACUAA